AUGAGCAUUCUCAGGAGCGCAAGAUCACCCGCCAUCGCAGUGCGGGUAGCUCUGGCGUCCUCUGUGCGACCCUUCUCGGCUGCGGCGCUACUUCGGUCGGCCGCCAAGCCUCUCCCGAAGCGCAACUGGGCAGCUCCCGCACCGCCAACAGCGAGCACAAACGCUGCCCAGUCCGGUGCUGCCCAGCCCUUCAAAGCCCGCGAAUGGAGUGCCCCUGCCCCCACACCGCCAGCAAAGAGUACAAACGCCUCCCAGCCUGGUUCUGGCCAGCCCCUCAAAGCCCGCGAAUGGGGUGCCCCUGCCCCCACACCGUCAGCUCAGAGCGCAAACGACUCCCAGUCUGGUGCCGGCAAGUCCUUCAAGGCCCGCGAUUGGGGUGCCGCUGCACCGACGCCUGUCAAAUCUCGCGAUUGGGGAUCUGGAGGCGGCAGCUCUGGAGGCACCCGCGACGACCGACGCCUCGGUGGUGGUGUCGGCUCGCGUAACAACAACGCCCGCAAUGACCGCCAGAACGACCGCCGCAACGACCGCGCAAAUGGCGCUGCUCGCAAGGACAGCCACCAGCGUGGUAGCAAUCCGGCUUUGCAGUCGGGAGUCUCUGGAAACCCCCGCAAGCGCUUCAGAGAUGGCAACGCCAACGGGGGCGAGCGGGGAUCGCAGCAGCAGAACCGCAACAAUUUCAAUCCACAGUCAGCGCCUGCCCCCCGCGACUGGUCAUCUCCAAGGGGCACACCAAACAAUGCCGCAAAGGACAACACUCAAGCGAGCGGGCCCGAUCGCUCGGCAGCACCUCCACAGGAUGGCGCAGGCUCGUCCGGAGCUGUGGCGGACGCUGGUUCCGUUUCAGACUAUGACGGAGCCGGCUACGAUGGAGGGGAGGACGAUUCCGACUGGCAUUCACGAAGAAAGCCGCGCCGCGAGUCGCGUUCGCUUCUCCACCAGCCUGACGGCGGCUACGAGCUUCCGCCAACCCACCACCACAGCACCAAGGGCGGCAAGGUGAAGCUUUCGAGGGAGGACCGCGAGCGCAGUUCCCGCUCCUGGGCAUUCGAGGACGAGGACCCAGCUGAAAUUGAGGCCUACGAGGAGGCCCAGCGCAUGGAGCGUGAGAAGAAGGAGAGGCAGGCCCAGAAGGCUGCUCUGCGCGCGCGUCAGCUGAAGGAUGAGAUGGAGAAGAGCGUCUUCAUCCCGUCAAGCAUCACGGUUUCCCAACUUGCCGACAAGUUUGGCGUCAAGCUUAUCCACCUGAUCCGCAAGAUGAACCAGGUCGGUAUGCCCGAGAACCACCGUCGCGCCGAUUACCUCCUGAAUUCCGAUGAGGCCGGUAACCUGGCCAUCGAGUUUGACCUCAACCCCAUCAUCGACGAGGACAAGGGCUUUGACAUUUUCCCAGAGCCCGAGGGUGACCUUUCCGAGUGCCCUCUCCGACCCCCAGUGGUCACGAUUAUGGGUCAUGUAGACCACGGCAAGACCACACUUCUCGACUCAUUGAGGCACACCUCGGUUGCGGCUGGCGAGGCCGGUGGUAUUACGCAGCACAUUGCCGCGUUCUCUGUGCCGCUGUCAUCGUUGAUGAAGGGCUCUGAUGUCCCCAAGGGCGCCACCAUCACCUUCCUUGACACCCCGGGUCACGCUGCCUUUACCGGCAUGCGCGCGCGUGGUGCCAUGGUCACGGACCUGAUCGUCCUCGUCGUCGCGGCCGACGACGGUGUCAUGCCCCAGACUAAGGAGGUUAUCAACCUUGUUCACGCGGCCGGUGACUCUGUCGGUCUUGUUGUCGCCAUUAACAAGUGCGACAAGCCCAUGAUUGACAUUGAGCGCGUCAAGUCCAACCUCGGUACCGAGGGUAUCCUGCUCGAGGAGGACGGCGGUGAGAUUCCCAGCGUGCGUGUCUCGGGUCUUACCGGCAUGGGUCUCGAUGACCUCAUGGAGACUCUCUCGACGCUUGCCGAGGUGCGCGACCUCCGUGCCCGCAAGCAAGGCAAGGCUGAGGGGUACGUGCUCGAGUCGCACGUCGACAAGGGCAAGGGCACGAUCACCACCGUCCUUGUCACUCGCGGUACGCUCAAGUCUGGUUCCAUCAUUGUGGCCGGCAACACUUGGGCCAAGGUCAGGCAAAUGACCGACUCGAGCGGUCGCUCCAUCCGCGUCGCUACGCCCGGCAUGCCCGUGACCCUGACUGGCUGGAAGGACGUCCCCACCGCCGGCGACCAGAUGCUCGAGGCCCCCAACGAGGACCGCGCCAAGAAGUGUGUGGCCAACCGUCUUCGUGACGACGAGCGCCGCGCCAUGGCCGUCGAUGUGCAAGAGGUCAACGCCCGUCGCGAAGAGGACCGCAAGCUCCACGACAUCGAGGUCGAGGUCAAGCGCCAGGCCAAGGAGGACGGCUCCAACGUCAAGGAGGCCGUUGCCGCUGCCCGCCGAAACGCUGCCGCUGCUGCCGAGGUUGGCCGCAAGGAGCUGCGUAUCGUCAUCAAGGGUGACGUGACGGGUACGGUCGAGGCUGUCGUCGGUUCGCUCAAGGACAUUGGCAACAAGGAAGCCGGUGUCAAGAUUGUCCAGACUGGCGUCGGCAACGUGUGUGAGAGUGACAUUGACUUUGCCGAGGCCACCGGCGCCAUGGUCGUGGGCUUCAACGUCGAGUGCCCCAGGCCCAUGAAGUCGCUCGCCGCCAGCGGCGGCGUGCCCGUCCACUGCGACAGUGUCAUUUACCGCCUGAUCGAAUCUGUCAAGACGAGCGUCGCAGCCCUGCUCCCGCCCAAGAUCGAGUACCGCGUCACUGGCGAGGCCCUCGUCCAGCAGCUGUUUGAGAUCAAGAUCAGCCGCAAGGAGAACAAGGUCAUUGCCGGAUGCAAGGUCGCCAACGGUGUCAUCUCAAAGAACGAGGGUGUGCGCGUCCUGCGCGGCACUGACCGUGAGAUUGUUUUCGAGGGCUCCAUGGAGACGCUCAAGCAGUUCAAAAAGGACGUCACCCAGAUGCGCAAGGGUACCGAGUGUGGUAUUGGCAUUGAAGGCUUUGCGGAUAUCCGCGUCGGCGACGAGAUUGUCACGUUCACCACCACCGAGGUGGCCCGCCAGCUCUAA